GGGGUAUAGCCAGACUCUGCUCUCAGGUACUCGUAUCUCUUCAGCAGGAAACAAUGCAGAGAUCACCCAUAGAAAAAGCCAAUGCCUUCUCCAAACUCUUCUUCAGAUGGCCAAGACACAUUCUGAGAAAAGGCUACAGACAGAAGCUAGAACUGUCAGACAUCUAUCAGAUUCCAUCAUCAGACUCUGCAGAUGAACUCUCAGAGAUGUUAGAAAGGGAAUGGGACAGAGAGUUAGCAACAUCAAAGAAUAAUCCCAAGCUAAUGAAUGCACUUCGCCGUUGCUUUUUCUGGAGAUUUUUAUUUUAUGGAAUUCUGCUGUACUUUGUGGAAUUCACUAAAGCUGUGCAGCCUCUUUGUCUUGGACGCAUAAUAGCAUCAUAUAACAAGAAGAACACCUAUGAGCGUGAAAUAGCAUAUUAUCUAGCCUUGGGACUUUGCCUGCUAUUCGUUGUGAGGACCCUCUUUCUACAUCCUGCGGUGUUUGGUCUCCAGCAUUUGGGAAUGCAGAUGAGAAUAGCAUUGUUCAGCUUAACUUAUAAAAAGAUCUUAAAAAUGUCAAGCAGAGUACUUGAUAAAAUUGAUACUGGACAACUUGUUAGUCUUCUAUCCAAUAACCUCAACAAGUUUGAUGAGGGUGUAGCAGUUGCCCACUAUGUAUGGAUUGCACCAGUGCAAGUGGUUCUUUUAAUGGGAUUGCUCUGGAAUGAACUGACCGAAUUUGCAUUUUGUGGAUUGGGUUUCUUAAUAAUGCUUGCUCUUUUCCAAGCCUGGCUGGGAAAGAAGAUGAUGCAAUACAGAGAGAAACGUGCAGGAAAAAUAAAUGAACGACUUGCAAUUACCUCUGAAGUUAUUGACAAUAUGCAGUCAGUGAAAGUGUAUUGCUGGGAAGAUGCAAUGGAAAAGAUUAUUAAUAACAUAAGACAGGUGGAACUAAAGCUGACCAGAAAAGUUGCCUACUGCAGAUACUUCAGCAGUUCAGCUUUCUUUUUCUCCGGCUUUUUUGUUGUGUUUCUGUCUGUGGUGCCUUAUGCUUUCACACAUACCGUAAAACUGCGUAGGAUAUUCACUACCAUAUCGUACAACAUCGUCCUUCGAAUGACAGUUACCAGGCAGUUUCCAUCUUCAAUACAAAUAUGGUAUGAUUCUUUGGGAGUUAUACGUAAAAUACAGGACUUCCUACAUAAAGAUGAACAUAAAGCAGUGGAAUACAACUUGACGACAAAGGAGGUCGAGGUCGAAAAUGCCACAGCAUCUUGGGAUGAGGGAAUUGGAGAGUUAUUUGAAAGAGUUAAACGGAAUGAUUCUGAGAAUAAGAUGGGAAAUGGCGAUGAAGGACUGGUUUUCAGCAACUUCUCUCUGCACAUUACUCCUGUUUUGAAAAAUAUCAGCUUCAAAUUAGAGAAAGGAGAACUGCUGGCCGUGGCUGGAUCCACGGGAUCUGGCAAGAGCUCACUUUUGAUGAUGAUAAUGGGAGAACUGGAGCCGUCGGAAGGCACAAUUAAACACAGUGGGAGGAUUUCCUUCUCACCACAGGUGCCCUGGAUAAUGCCUGGAACUAUUCAGGAAAACAUCAUAUUCGGACUUUCAUUUGAUGAAUACAGAUACACCAGUGUUGUCAAUGCAUGCCAAUUGGAAGAGGAUAUCAAACUGCUUCCUAACAAGGAUAAGACUGUCCUUGGAGAUGGAGGGAUUACUCUCAGUGGAGGUCAACGAGCACGAAUCUGUUUGGCAAGGGCACUGUACAAAGAUGCUGAUCUAUAUCUACUGGAUUCACCAUUUAGUCACCUAGAUGUGACAACAGAGAAGAACAUUUUUGAAAGCUGUCUUUGUAAACUCAUGGCAAACAAAAUUCGAAUCUUGGUGACUUCAAAACUGGAGCACUUGAAGAAGGCAGAUAAAAUUCUACUUCUGCAUGAGGGCCACUGCUACUUCUGCGGAACCUUCUCUGAGCUUCAGGGUGAAAGGCCUGACUUCAGUUCACAGCUGCUGGGUUCAGAGGGUUUCGACAACUUUAGUGCUGAAAGAAGAAGCUCGAUUCUGACCGAAACCCUUCGCCGCUGUUCUAUAUCUUCAGGAGAUGGAGCUGGUGUAGGUGGCUUCAGUGAAACUCGGAAAGCAUCAUUUAAACAACCGCCAACAGAAUUUAUUGAGAAAAGAAAAUCCUCACUUAAGCUCAAUCCACUAACUUCAAACAAGAAUUUUUCCCUCGUACAAACAGCUUUGUCAUACCCACAGACAAACGGGAUGGAAGAUGGCGACAAUGAGCCAGGGGAAAGACGUUUUUCCCUCAUUCCUGAGAAUGAACUGGGGGAACCUACACAGCCCCGCAGUAAUUUAUUCAAAAGUGAGAUGUCAUUCCGUUCUCAUCGUCGCCAGUCUGUUCUGGCUCUCAUGACUAACUCUUCAGCAGCUCAGAGUAAAAGUCACUUGCGCCGUGGUGCAGUACGCGAGCUCUCCUUAGCCUCUCACACCAACUUUACUUCUUCGGAUGUUGAUAUUUACUCAAGACGUACAUCUGAAGAUGGACCUUUUGAAUUUAGUGAAGAAAUAAAUGAAGAAGAUCUAAAGGAAUGCUUUGGCGAUGAAGAGGAUACCCGUAAUGUUACCACAACAUGGAGCACUUACUUCAGAUACGUUACACUAAAUCGCAGCUUGGUUGCUGCACUCGUCCUUUGCCUUGUUAUCUUUUCAGCAGAGGUGGCUGCCUCCUUGGUUGGACUUUGGAUAAUCAACGGGUUAAAAGAAGAUACUGGAUCAGCAACUAAUGACACCUCAACCAGCCUCUCCAACCUUUCUAUAUUUUCUAAAUUUAUUACCAAUGAGAGCUAUUAUUACAUAUUCUACAUCUAUGUGGGACUUUCAGACAGCUUCCUUGCACUUGGUGUGAUUCGAGGACUCCCUUUGGUUCAUACCCUUGUAACCGUCUCCAAGGAGCUUCAUAAACAAAUGUUACACUCAGUUCUCCAAGCACCCAUGACUGUAUUCAACAAGAUGAAAGCAGGAAGGAUUCUAAACCGAUUCAUGAAAGACACUGCCAUCAUCGACGAUGUGCUGCCACUCACUGCUUUCGACUUUGUGCAGUUGAUACUGAUUGUUGUGGGUGCCAUCAGUGUGGUGUCCAUUUUGCAACCAUACACUCUGCUGGCUGCGAUUCCAGUGACUGUUAUUUUCAUUAUGUUGAGGGCUUAUUUCCUCCGCACCUCGCAGCAGCUGAAGCAGCUGGAAUCUGAAGCUCGCAGCCCUAUUUUCAGCCAUCUCAUCACAUCAUUGAGAGGCCUGUGGACAGUGAGAGCAUUUGGCCGACAGGCUUACUUCGAAACACUUUUCCACAAGUCUUUGAACCUCCACACUGCAAACUGGUUUCUCUACCUGUCAACACUGCGCUGGUUCCAGAUGAGGAUUGACAUUGUAUUUGUCGGCUUCUUUAUUGCAGUCACUUUCAUCUCCAUAGCAACACACAAUGUCAAGGAAGGAAGAGUUGGAAUUAUCCUCACCUUAGCUAUGAACAUCAUGAGCACUCUUCAAUGGGCUGUUAAUUCAAGCAUAGAUGUGGAUAGUCUGAUGCGAUCUGUAAGCCGUAUUUUUAAAUACAUUGACAUACCCCCAGAAGGAUCUGAAAACAAGAACCAACAUAAUGACAACAGCCCAUUAGAUGCACUUGUGAUUGAGAACAAACAUCUCAACAGUAAGUGGCCGUCUGGAGGCCAAAUGAUGGUGAGCAAUCUCACAGCCAAGUAUACGAAUGAUGGGCGUGCAGUGCUCCAGGACCUUUCCUUCUCCGUAAAUGCAGGACAAAGGGUUGGACUGCUCGGACGGACAGGCGCUGGGAAAAGCACAUUACUUUCUGCAUUUUUGCGUCUGCUGUCCACCGAAGGGGAGAUACAGAUUGAUGGAAUCUCCUGGGACUCAGUCUCUCUGCAAAAGUGGAGGAAAGCAUUUGGUGUCAUCCCACAGAAAGUCUUUGUGUUCUCUGGGACCUUCCGGAAGAAUCUAGAUCCUUAUGAACAGUGGACUGAUGAGGAGAUCUGGAAAGUCACUGAAGAGGUUGGCUUGAAAUCAAUGAUUGAACAAUUUCCAGAUAAUCUCAACUUUGUUUUGGUGGAUGGUGGCUAUAUCCUCAGCAAUGGGCACAAACAACUCAUGUGUUUGGCUCGAUCCAUUCUCAGCAAAGCCAAAAUCCUGUUGCUUGACGAACCUACAGCUCAUCUGGACCCUGUGACAUUCCAAAUCAUAAGGAAGACACUUAAGCAUACAUUUUCAAAUUGUACCGUUAUACUCUCAGAACAUAGGAUAGAAGCUCUCCUUGAAUGCCAGCAAUUUUUGGUAAUUGAGGGAUGUUCAGUCAAACAAUUUGAUGCUCUGCAGAAGCUUCUCACUGAAGCAAACCUUUUCAAGCAGGUCUUUGGACAUUCGGACCGUGCAAAGCUCUUUACAGCUCAUAGACGGAACUCAAGCAAAAGGAAAACGCGACCUAAAAUAACUGCCUUACAGGAGGAGGCAGAAGAAGACCUCCAAGAAACAAGGCUAUGAAGCUACAAAGACCAAAAUGCACAAAGUUCUCUCGAAUCUAUUGAAAGCAGAGAGCUUCACAACUGCAGAAUACUGGCUCUGCAAUAUUCCUAGCAAACUGGCGGUUAUAUAACUGUAUCCUGUUCAAAUCUUCAUGAACUAUUAGGUUAAUAUAUGUAACUACUUAUUUACAUUGAAAUUACUCAACAAGUGACUUAUGUAGGACCUAGUAUAUUAGACUAAUCUUCCAAACUUGGCAAAGCUCUAUUGCAAUUAUGGCUCUUCCAUCCUAUGAUUCAACUAUCUUCCAUUGCUACCAUAAUAGGAGCUUUAUCAAUCACCUGUCCUGUGAUAUCACCAUAGAUCUUGUCUUUUGGGGAGAUUACUGGCGGUGGAAACAAAGUCUUUGACUGCAACCAACUUGAGAGUCUUACAUUUGCACACAAUAUUUGCUGACAAGUACUAUGAUCUUCAUUUAUGAACUGCUCCAGUAAAGACAGGAAACACAGGAAAGGUCAGAAAACUUCCACAAGCAGAGAUGCAUCAUUGUUCUGAAGUAUUGUUCUUUAUGUGGCUCUAUUUUUUUUAAAUAUAAAUAGUAUGUAGGUGAAAGACAACCAUGUAUUUUUAAAUACAUAUUUCAAAUUGUAGCCCUUGCCCAGGCGAGGGUAAAAUUUCACUUUAAUACAAAAAUUUUAAAUGCAUGCUUUGUAUGUAUUCAUUGAUCACUGGAGAGUAUUUUGUAGUCAUCAGACUCCUGAAAAAGGUCAAAGUUAUAGAUACAGUAUGGAAAGAGGUCCUUCAGCCUAUUGUAAACCACCCAUUUACACUAAUCCUAUAUUAAUUCCAUAUUUUAUUCUCCCCACUGUCCAAUUCAUCUACACACUGGGGAAAUCUUAAUGUCUAAUUAACUUACCUGUGGGACUUAGGAGGAAGUCCAUCUAGCUACAUGUAUUCUCUGAGGCACUGAUUGACCUUAUGCCUCUGGCACUGUACCACUGUGCAGACAAUUUGCCUUCUCCAAAGCAUUAUAUAUAUUUUUAAAGCAGUUAUCUUUGGAAUGUGUGAUCAGGACACAGCCAGCAUCUAUUUCCUAUGACCUCUUGCCCAUGAGGUUGUGGUGUUUCUGCCAUAUUUGAUAGGAAGUCCCAAGAUUUUGUCCUUCUGUCAUCACAUUUUAUAGAAAAUUGUUACAGUUCAAAACUAAUCUUUAAAAGUUGGAUUUUUUAUAUAUAUUUGGACAUUUAUAAUAAGUGUGUUUAAUAUUUAAAAGGGGAAAUCAAUUGCACUGUAAACAAGUGUAUACUAUAUAACUAAUCAAUAUUUUAAGAAAUAUCUCCAUUAGCUAAUGCUAGGAAUUCUUUAAUUCUGUUGUAUAAGAAAUAGGACUAUAAAUUAUUCAAUACAGAGCCUAGUUUACCUUACCCUAAACUUAGAACUGCCUACAUGUUAGGCCUAGCACAAAUAGUUCAAAAGCAAGAAAAUAGUCAUAAGUUUUACUAUUGUUAUUGUAUGACCAAGGCAUUGGGCAAAAUUCAUGUUCAGAUAGUUAAUGUACAUUGGUGACUUUAUUUAAUCACUUUGAAAUAUGUGAAACAAAAAUUGUGCAUGAAAUAAAAAUAUUUAUCUGUACAAAUGCCAUAUAAGCUGAUUUAUUGUUACGUUGGACAUAUCUCUACGCAUUCUUCAUAUUCAAGCUGAAAAAUUAAAUGGGCAAGAUUUGGCUUAAUAAUAAAUAUUGGGUGAUAUCGGUGACAUGUACAUUUCCAACAGGUUAACCAUCUCCAAAUGUGAGGGUUUUGCACAUGUGUGCACCUAGCUGUGCAACUGGGCAGAGGAGGGAAAGCACUCUAUCAAUCAAUAUGUGAUAGUCAGAACUUCCAUACAAGAGGAGAUUGUAUGGCUGUGACUGUGUGGCUAGGCAUCGCUCAAAUACCGUCUAUAAAUUUGCUGAUGAUACAAACAUUGUUGGUAGAAUCUCAGGUGGUGAUGAGAGGGCGUACAGGAGCAAGAUAUGCCAACUAGUGAAAUUGUGUCGCAGCAACAACCUGGCACUCAAUAUCAAUAAGAUGAAAGAGCUGAUUGUGGACUUCAGGAAGGGUAAAACAAAGGAACACAUACCAAUCAUAGAGGGAUCAGAAGUGGAGAGAGUGAGCAGUUUCAAAUUCC